GAAGGGAGGGGUCCGUAGAUCCCUUUGCACAGACAGCAUCAAACAUCGGGUCACUUUUCAUUGGAAUAAUUGUCCACGUUCUCUUACCAGAAGGAUGGAAUUAAGCGUAAUUUUGUCACAGAUCGAAAAUGAGAACGAUGAAGAAAUAGAGAGGAUUUUACAUGAAUACAACACAGAGAACUGUCGCACAUUUAGUUUUGAUAAGAAGGAGGAGGAUGCACGUAUACGGCUGUGCCGAGCUCUGCUGGGGGUCCUGGGUCGGGUGGCGCCGCCCCGGUGCCAGAGCACGUGUCUGGAGACGCUGCGCAUCCUCUCUCGGGACAAGCGCGUGCUGGGGCCAGUGAGCACCCGCGAGGGCAUCCUAACCCUGGCGGGGCUGGCACGGGUCGGGCGAGAUGCGCCCCGGGGCACCGGCGGAGAGGAGCAGGAGCAGGAGCAGGACGAGGAGGACGAGGAGGAGGAGGAGCGCGUGGUGGUGGAGGCGCUCAAGUGCCUGUGCAACGUGGUGUUCAACAGCACGCAGGCGCAGCAGGUGGGCGCCGAGGUGCAGCUGGCGCAGGGCCUGUGUGCCAGCCUGCAGGCGGCCGGGGCGGGCGCGGCGCCCCACGAGGUGGGCCUCUUCUCGCUGCGCCUGCUCUUCCUGCUGUCGGCGCUGCGCUCGGACGUGCGCGCCCUCCUGCGCAAGGAGCCGCGCGUCCUGGCGCUGCUCACUGACGUGCUGGAGCGCGCCCUGGACGUGCACUGGGCCGGGCCCUACGAGGUGGCCCCGCCGGACCCCCAGGCCCCCCCCAUCCCCUCGCAGGAGAACGAGAGGGCCAUGGAGGCCCUCAAGGCCCUCUUCAACAUCACCCUCUCCGACUCCAGCGACGAGUCUCUGACCGGUCAGGACGCGGAGCGGCAGCUGCGACUCCUGGUGGCCAUCAUGAGGCACCUCCUGCUGCUGCGCACCCACACGGAGGAGAAGACCGAGGAGGCGCACAGCCAUGCUAUUAACCUCCUGAGCAACAUUCCCUCGUCGUGCCUGGACGUCCUCAUCGACGUUCCCACGCAGCCCGGACCCGAGGAGUACGGCGGGAAGAACUUGGCCGUCAUUCAGGUGCUGCUGGACUUCAUGGAGAAGCGCGUUGACCGGGGCUCCAACUACAAGGAGGGUCUGACGCCAGUGCUCAGCCUGCUGGCGGAAAGUUCCAGAUACCACCGAGAAAUCCGCAGAUACAUCAAGGCCAGGGUGCUGCCUCCGCUGAAGGACGUGUCGAGCCGGCCGGAGAUCGGCACCACCAUCCGCAACAAGCUGGUGCGUCUGAUGACCCACGUGGACAUGGGUGUGAAGCAGAGCGCCGCCGAGUUCCUCUUCGUCCUCUGCAAAGAGAGCGUGGAUAACCUGGUGAAGUACACAGGCUAUGGCAGUGCUGCAGGACUGCUGUUGUCUCGCGGACUGUUGGCCGGAGGCCGAGGAGAGACUCAGUACUCCGAUGACGAAGACUCCGACACAGACGAGUACAAGGAGGCCAAACCAUACAUCAACCCCAUCACAGGCCACGUGGAGGAGCCGGGAGCCAACCCCAUGGAGGAGAUGACCGAGGAGCAGAAGGAGUACGAGGCCCAGAAGCUCGUUAACAUGAUCGACCAGCUGUCCAGGCAGCAGCUGAUCAAGCCCAUGGGCGUGAGGAAGGACGGAACGCUGGCGCCCCUCGAGGAGACCGUAAGAGCACUGCGCUGCGCUGACCACAGCAGUGACUCCGACUCGGACUGACCGCUGCCUCACCCCGCACUCCGUCUUCCUGUCUCACACUUCUGCUGCGCCACUGCCUGCAUGGCCCCCGCCUGCCUGCCACACACACACACACACACACACACACACACACACACACACUCAGGCAGGCUCACACCUUAUCCAGGCUGCAUACACAGAAGGAGCAGACUCAUCUCUCUCAAGUUGAUAUCAGUCACAUUUUAAUGAAAGCGGUCUCACCUUUUGUUUGCCAAGUUGUCAAUACUGAGCUGGCUUAACUGAUGGGAAAACAAAAGCCAACCAGCAGACACCCAGCAGCAGCACGCACAGCUGACCAGUCAGGAUCUGACCAAAGACUAGAGUACUGAACCAGAAGAGGAGAGAAAUCAGUCUGCUUAACACUACUAUGUACUAGAAGUACGAUGGUUACAUUCCCAAAACAAGUUGUAAACACGAGCUUUCUGUAUAUGACAUGUAUCUGGACAUAUAUCAGUGUUGGUUUAUGUAUGGCUAAUUCAGGAUUUGCGUAUCGAAGACUUACAUAGGAAUUGUUACUACAGAUGUAUUGGGCACUGUGCCUUUUAAAUGCCUGGUGGGUGUGUGUAGACUGAUUGUUGGUGCCAUAGUAGAGUACGAUUUGUGGCUCGAGCUUGUAUUUUUCCCUCUUUCUUUCGUUCUACACUUCAAACCAGAAAUGCAUGGUGUUGGAAUCCAACUUUGAUUUUUAUUGUUAUAGUUAAUAGUGAUCGUUUUAUAAUAAAAGCAUCAAAUUUGGUUGGAAAACCCAACCUAACAAAACUCGUAUUUGUUGGCCAUUUUGAAAAAAUGGGGCUGAAUUUGAAGCACCUAUAGUUUUGAAUCUGAUCAGACCCCCCCCUUUGUGAAUUUUUAUACCAACUAUGACGCUUUUAUCAUAAAGUGAUCUUUUUUUAUGUUUAAACUGUCCCACUGAAAUAGCUGUAUUCUGUAUAAACGUAUGGUACAUAUUUUCCCCCCUUCUGUUUUUUGAAUACCUUAUUGUACAGCCUUUCUCAGUUGGGAGAGCUAGUUUCUCUUCUGAAGCUCUGCUGCGGUGCACUGUUGAACUGAUGAAGAGUGGUCUGCAUGGUGCGGUGCACUGUUAAAGUGAUGAAGAGUGGUGUGCAUGGUGAAUGAACAGCCUUUCUCUCCCAACAGUCUCUCUUGCUCCUCCGGUGUGCUGCCCCCAGGUGACUGAUUAACUCAAGUCUACCCUGCAAGGAUGUUGGCAUUUCUGACCAUAUAUGAGCACCUUUAUCGACAAGAACAGAAGCUUUUUGUUUGUGUGUGUGUGAAUGUGUGUGUGUGUGUGUGUGUGUGUGUGUGUGCGCGCGUGUGUAUAUUGUAUAUAAACUUACAAAUGAGUUUAAUGCCUCACCUAAGACUUGCAUCAUGUACACAGUCACUAGAGAUGACGUAUUUAAAAAAACAACAAAAAACAAAAAACAGAAACCGUCCACCGGUCUCCUAAAGAAUGUGCUCUUCUGGACACAGUCUUUAUGACAAUCCAUUGUUUUGUCCCCUCUCUUUUUCUGUGAGACUGCUGGUCUUAGCGGCCAGUUGCCUCUCUGACCCUCUAACUCCCCCAGUGGAAGUGACCAUUCCUCCCCCCAGACGGACUCUUCACUGGGCCUACUUGAUCUCGCUCCCUCCCUUCUCCAGGGAGCUCUGAAUGUCCUCUGUAUACAUGUGUAUGUAUGUGGGUGCUUUUGUAAUUAUUUCUCUCUUAAAAUGUACUCUAAAAUACGUAGCUAUCUACGUAGCUUUAUACGUAUAUUGUUUGCUAAACCGACAAUGAAGAAACUAGAGAAUAAAUGACAUUUCUGUGA